UGACUGUCUGCUCACCCGGAGCUUGUGGUCACCCAUAAACCUCAUAUCUAGCUUGCUUUCUGGGCCUGCACCAGAACAGGGCUCGACUUUUCUAGGUCUCAUGUAUUUGUCUGGCUGCAGUAUCUGCACUGGCCUCAGGCCAUUAGCGCACACUCAUCCGCUGAAUUGGUCACCCAGUACAUCUGCCUCCCUCCAAUGUCUCCCUGCUUCUUUCCUGGAGGACGGUGAGAGAAGGGAGGGCCUUUGUGGGGGCAGUGAAGCUGCCCCCAGCCCUAAGUUGGGGCGCAGAGUGGGCCAGCUGCAGGGUGGGCCUCAGCAGACCCUCGGGGCUUCCCGCCCUGCAGAACCACGCAGGAGCUGCCGCCACGCACACCUGUAGUCCAGGGGAGGCUUGUUCUUUCAUCUGAUCCCUCCAGGACCCCUCCUUCUCCACGGUAUCUUUAAAAUGAGAUAAUGUGUUGGAAAUACUUAGCAAAGUGCCCAAGACUCAUCUGUUAAUUCAACAAAUAUUUCGUGAGUGUCCAUCAUGUGCCAGGUGGCCGGCCUGUUCCAUGACCCCAGCAUUGGGAACCCCAUCCACAUCACGGUCGUGCGCCUGGUCCUGCUGGAAGAGGAAGAGGAGGACCUGAAGAUCACGCACCAUGCAGACAACACCCUGCGGAGCUUCUGCAAAUGGCAGAAAAGUGUCAACAUGAAGGGGGAUGCCCACCCACUGCACCACGACACAGCCAUCCUGCUCACCAGGAAGGACCUGUGUGCAGCCAUGAACCGUCCCUGUGAGACCCUGGGCCUGUCCCACGUGGCGGGCAUGUGUCAGCCGCACCGCAGCUGCAGCAUCAGCGAGGACACCGGCCUGCCCCUGGCCUUCACCGUGGCCCACGAGCUCGGGCACAGUUUUGGCGUUCAGCAUGACGGAAGCGGCAAUGACUGCGAGCCGAUUGGGAAACGGCCUUUCAUCAUGUCUCCACAGCUCCUGUACGACGCCGCCCCCCUCACCUGGUCCCGCUGCAGCCGCCAGUACAUCACCAGGUUCCUAGACCGUGGGUGGGGCCUGUGCCUGGACGACCCUCCCGCCAAGGACGUCAUCGACUUCCCAUCUGUGCCACCCGGCGUCCUCUACGAUGUGGGCCAUCAGUGCCGCCUCCAGUACGGGGCCUACUCGGCCUUCUGCGAUGACAUGGAUAAUGUUUGCCACACACUCUGGUGCUCCGUGGGUACCACCUGUCACUCCAAGCUGGACGCGGCCGUGGACGGUACCAGGUGUGGGGAGAACAAGUGGUGUCUGAACGGGGAGUGCGUUCCUGUGGGCUUCCGGCCUGCGGCUGUGGACGGCGGCUGGUCUGGCUGGAGCGGCUGGUCCGUCUGCUCACGGAGCUGUGGCACGGGCGUGCAGAGCGCUGAGCGGCGGUGCACGCAGCCCACGCCCAAGUACAUGGGCAAAUACUGUGUGGGGGAGAGGAAGCGCUUCCGGCUCUGCAGCCUGCAGGCCUGCCCGCCCGGCCGCCCAUCUUUCCGUCACGUCCAGUGCAGCCGCUUUGACGUCAUGCUCUACAAGGGCCAGCGGCGCACGUGGGUGCCUGUGAUCAAUGACGAGAGCCCCUGUGAGCUGCACUGCAGGCCCUCUGAUGAGCCCUUUGCUGAGAAGCUGCGGGACGCCGUGGUGGACGGCACCCCCUGCUACCAGGCCAGCCGCGACCUCUGCAUCAAUGGUAUUUGCAAGAGCGUCGGCUGCGACCUCGAGAUCGACUCCAGUGCCAUGGAGGACCGGUGCGGCGUGUGCCAUGGCAAUGGCUCCACCUGUCACACCGUGAGCGGGACCUUCGAGGAAGCCGAGGGCCUGGGGUACGUGGAUGUGGGGCUGAUCCCGGCGGGCGCCCGUGAGAUCCGCAUUGAGGAGGUGGCUGAGGCGGCCAACUUCCUGGCCCUGCGGAGCGAGGACCCAGAGAAGUACUUCCUCAACGGUGGCUGGACCAUCCAGUGGAAUGGGGACUACCAGGUGGCGGGCACCACGUUCACGUACGCACGCGCGGGCAACUGGGAGAACCUCACUGCCCCUGGGCCCACCGACGAGCCGGUCUGGAUCCAGAUCCUGUUCCAGGAGAGCAACCCCGGCGUGCGCUAUGAGUACACCGUCCACAGGGAGGCAGACAGUCACAGCCAGGUCCGGCCACCUGAGUUCUUCUGGCACUAUGGGCCCUGGACUGAGUGCACGGUCACCUGUGGUGCAGGUGUGCAGACACAGAGCGUAUACUGCGCCGAGCGGCAGGCGGGGCUGGUGGACCAGAGACACUGUAACCCCCUGGGCCGGCCGGCCGACCACCAGAGGACAUGCAGCCAGCAGCCCUGCCCCGCCCGGUGGUGGGCAGGUGAGUGGCAGGCGUGUUCCCGCUCCUGCGGGCCCGGGGGCCUCUCCCGCCGGUCCGUGCUCUGCAUUCGCAGCGUGGGGCUGGAUGAGCAGAGUGCCCUGGAGCCGCCUGCCUGUGAGCCCCUCCCCCAGCCCCCGGCUGAGAAGCCCUGCAACCGUGAGGUGCCCUGUCCUGCCACCUGGGCUGUGGGGAACUGGUCUCAGUGCUCGGUGACAUGCGGGGCAGGCACUCAGCACCGGAGCGUCCUCUGCGCCAACAACACCCAAGUCCUGUGUGAGGAGGCCCGGCGGCCAGCGGGUGAGGCCGUCUGCACUCUGCCACCCUGCCUGCAGGGCCUGGAUGCGCUGGGUCCCGACGGCUCCGGCAGCGGCUCCUCCAGCUCAGAGCUCUUCAAUGAGAUCACCUUCAGCGCCCCACACCCCCUACAACCCCCCUCCCCAGAGCCGGCCAGCACAGGCAAUGCCAUUGGGGGUGAGGGCCCUGCCCGGGACCUGCCAGGACCCAUAUUCGUGGACGACUUCUACUACGACUAUAACUUCAUCAACUUCCACGAGGACCUGUCCUAUGGGCCCUUUGAGGAGCCUGAGGCUGACCCGGAACUGGCGGGCACAGGGGACUGGACGCCCCCACCCCUGAGCCGCCCUGAUGAGCCCCCCACAGGCACUCCCACACCUGCCACAGAGCCUCCUGCGGUCGAGGAGGGGGCACUGGGGAGUCAGGCCCCUGCCCCUUGGCCUAGCCAGGCUGGCCCUGUGCCGCCCCCACCCUCAGACCAGACCCCUGGGAACCCCUCUGAAAAUUUCUUACCCGAGGAACACACCCCCAUGGGGGCCCCAGACCUUGGGCUCCCUGGCUCGCGUGGGCCCCCGGCUUCAGCUGGUGGGGUGGAGAUGCCUACCACCCCAGGGAGAACAGACAGACCUCUGGGAGCGGGCGACAGCCAGAGCCAGCCACCGCCCCCAAGGUGGGAGAGGACCAACGAGGUUUCCGAGGACAACGAGGUGCCCCCACUGCCCCAGAGACCCGGCCCCGUGCCGCCCCCCCGCCCCUCCAUCGGCACUGCCCACCCCUCGCCCGGGCCUGACUCGGUAGAGCUGUGGACCAGCAGGGUGGUGGUCUGGGAACCAGCCCUGCAGGGUGGCCUGGGGCCCACGGAUAGGGAGCUGUGGCCCACUGUGGGGAGGGCUGUUCUCCCGGCCGCUCUGCCAGAGCCCCCAGGCACAGACAGCCCCCUGGAGCCAGGGAUUCCCACCCUUUCAACCCCAGGACUGGCUCCUCGGGACCUGCGGACCCCAGCAGUGUCAGGAGCCUCCCCUCUGACAGCCCUACCUGGCCGAGGGCACACACCUCAGGUGGCCUCCCCAGCCCCAGGGCCCCCAGGCCAGCCUUGGUCCCCUAGCCCCCUGGCCCCCAGUCCUGCGGUGCCUCCAAGCUCCGUGCUGCCGUCCACGCCAGCCCAGAACAGCAGAGCCCCUGGGGUGCAGCCUCUGGGCCCCAGCCCAGCUGAGUUGGGGGGCCCGGCAGACCUGCUGCCUGCCAAGAAUGCCAGCUGGGAAGCGGGCAACUGGAGUGAGUGCUCCACCACCUGUGGCCUGGGCGCCGUCUGGAGGCCCGUGCGCUGCAGCUCCGGCCGAGAGGAGGACUGCGCCCCUGCUGGCCGGCCCCAGCCUGCGCGCCGCUGCCACCUGCGGCCCUGCGCCAUGUGGUACAAGGGCAGCUGGGGUAAGUGCUCCCGCAGCUGCGGCGGCGGGAUCUCUGUGCGGGACGUGCUGUGCGUGGACACUCGGGACCUCCGGCCACUGCGGCCCUUCCACUGCCAGCCGGGGCCCCCAAAGCCGCCUGCCCGCCGGCACUGCAGAGCCCAGCCCUGCCUCGGCUGGUACACCUCCUCCUGGAGGGAGUGCUCCGAGGCUUGUGGCGGCGGCGAACAGCAGCGUCUGGUGACCUGCCCAGAGCCAGGCCUGUGCGAGGAGGCGCUGAGACCCAGCAGCACACAGCCCUGCAACACGCAGCCCUGCACACAGUGGGCAGUGGGGCCCUGGGGCCAGUGCUCAGCCCCCUGUGGUGGCGGCGUCCAGCGGCGGCUGGUCAAGUGUGUCAACACCCAGACUGGACUGCGCGAGGAAGACAGCAGCCAGUGUGACCACGAGGCCUGGCCGGAGAGCUCCCGGCCGUGUGGUACCCGGGACUGCGAGCUCGCUGAGCCUCCACGCUGUGAGCGGGACCGCCUGUCCUUUGGCUUCUGUGAGACACUGCGCCUCCUGGGCCGCUGCCAGCUGCCCACCGUACGUGCCCAGUGCUGCAGCUCCUGCACCCCACCCAGCUGGGGUGCCCCCUCCCGUGGCCGUCAGCAGGGCACCCGCCACUGACCCACACCCAUGGGGCCUGCAGCCAGGCCGGGAUGCACAGACUGAUGACCGACGCACGGACCUCAGUGCCCCACCCAGGCUGCGGUGGAGCCGGCCCUCGCGCUUCUCUGGUGCUAACCCCGGCCCCUGCCAGUAGCAGACUGGGGACCCCCUCCCCCAAGAAGUAUUUUUUUAUUCUAACAGUUUGUGUAAUAUUUACAAUGAUGAUAAACAUAAAGAACAUCUACCAUUUCAAA